AUGGGCUCAGAGUCCUCCCCGCAGCCAUCAAAUGAGAUGCUCGCCUUCCAUACUACCGCCUCGAUCCUGACCCCUCGAGUGGGCAGACUGGCUUUCGCCGGCAGGAAGGCCAUCUCCACGCCGCAUUAUAUCCCUCUGGGCUCCCGAGGCGUUGUCCCCCAUAUCGCUCAUGAUGUGAUGCGCGAUCACACGGCCAUCGGCAGUCUCUUCGUCGGUCUAGAAGAUUUCGUAGAAAGACAAAGCCAAAAGUCUCCGCCUCCGGUAUAUACCAUUCCCACCGCACAAGACGAAUCGGCCCUGCGCAAAUUCGUCGCUCUCCCCGAUGAUCUUCUCCUGAUCAUGGGUGCGCGCCGCGAGCCCCCCAUCCAAUGUCCCCCGUCCAACACGCCGAAUUCCGUCGCCAUCUACACUUCCGUCGGUUUCAGACAACUGGAGGCUGGCCAGUACAUCGACGCCGUCCAGAACCUGAACCCCGAUAUCGUCGUGGGACUGGCAGAUCUCGUCCUCGGACACACCCCCGGUACCAAGAGACGCGGGAAAAUGGUCGAUAGAACGCACGCGUUCACCACCCACGCCACGGGGCAGCUCUACGGCAGCGCAGUGCCCGAAGAAAACCGAUCGAAGGCAGCCUAUUUCGCGCCGGUGCUCCCUCUCGACAACGCGCAACAGUCGAUAUACAUCGAUGACCUAGAAAGCGAGAUACGGCCAUAUAUCUCCGGUCUGGCCCUCUAUGAAUCGGCCUCCCUAUCGGCCAUCACCGAACCUCUUGGAGACCUCCCCCGACUUCUCUUCAGCGCACCCAAAACCCCCCACGAUGUCCUCCGCGAUGUUUCCCUCGGAGCGGAUCUCCUCACCAUUCCUUUCAUGGGCGUCUGCUCCGACGCGGGUAUUGCCCUGGACUUCACCUUCCCAUCCGCACCCAACACCACCGACUCUCAACCUCGACACCUGGCCUACGACCUCUGGUCUCCAUCCCACAAGACCGACACUUCCCCCCUCUCCGAAUCCUGCCAAUGCUACGCCUGUCGCAACCACCACCGCGCCUACAUUCACCACCUCCUCACCACCAAGGAGAUGCUCGCCUGGACGCUUCUCCAAAUCCACAACCACCACACCAUGGAUACCUUCUUCGCCAACAUCCGCGAGAGCAUCUCCCGGGGCACCUUUGAGAUCGAUGCCCAGACAUUCCAACGCGCCUACGUCUCUGAAUUACCCAAACCAACCGGCCAGGGCCCACGACUCCGCGGCUACCAACUUCCAGCCUCCGGCCCCAACCAACCCCGUCGGAAUACUCGCGCAUACGGUAAACUCGACGACGCAAUGGAGCGGUUCGCCGAGUCGCAAUCUUCCCUCGCGACGCCCGACACCGGCGCCGAAGGUCUCGAGGAACAUGGGUUCGGCGCCAAGCAGACAUCGUAG